AUGAAGUUCACUGACUCCAAGUCAACCUGGGACCAUGCGUCACCCUCAAUGUCCUGAAAGUUGUGGACCUGAAGUACUGCAACAGCAAUGGCCAGAGUGACCAGUCUCAGCAGAGUGAUGACAACUGCCAGAUCUCUGUUGGUGGAGUCUUCCAAAAUAUGACCAUCAGUAGUCAAACACGUGUGGCAGUUUUUGAACAAAGAAGCAACGAUUUGUCAUGGAAAACCAUCUGGAACUACAACACGGGCGUCAUUGCAACCAAAGUGAUGCAAGAGAGAACUUGCUACAUUUCUGUCAUGAACCAGAAGGAGAUGCCCAGCUUUGAUGCCCUGCUCAGACUGGCUGCAGAGAACAGGAACCAGGUCGGUCUUGGAAGAGUUACAAGGAAGCUCACCUUUGUGACCAAGGGAUUGGUCAACAACCUCAACUCUUACGGAGCAGACAUCACGGCCAUGUGCAGCGGACUCACCACCUACAAAGCUUAUGAAGUUCACGGAGGCCAACUGAAUCUCAGAUCAUGUACUACACUUGACGUCCUGAAAGUUGUGGACCUGAAUUAUUGUCGUGGCAAUAUAAUGGCCUGAAAACUUUACGUUUCUUGAACCAAGUGUGGAGGAUCCAGAGCUGCUGCCCAAAGCCAACCCCGAUGCCCUUCUUCCCAGGCACCUCCCCUUUCCAGAGAUCCCUUCUUGA